GUAGUGUUCCUGCACGGACGUAUUUCACAGCUGGCACGCAGGUGUCAUCAUACAAUGCUAGUAGUUAGCUUUUAGAACACAAGCCCUGCACAAGAACACAACAAGCAAUUUGACUUCUCAUACUACCGCUUGUCAAAGUGGUUGUCUGCUUCUCUAAGGACGUGUUUCUCGGAUUGUGUGCUCUGUUUGAAGAGGCUCGAUCGCUGCUCUGCUAGCAAACUGCUAACAACAGUAUCAACAGCAGCCAACUUCACGUACAUGCGUCUACAGCUGCUGUCAUUUCAGGUGGCAGUGGUUCAACAGGAAUAACUGACAGCUUUCCCCCAGCAGACAUCAUGGAGCUCCAGGCUGUGUUGAUGGCGGCCGGAGGGGGUUCUCGUAUGACUGAUCUGACAUACAACACCCCCAAACCAAUGCUUCCUGUUGGCAACAAGCCCCUCAUGUGGUACCCACUGAACCUGCUUGAGAGGGUGGGCUUUGAAGAGGUGAUAGUGAUCACCACCAAAGAGGUCCAGAAGAUGAUGAGCACAGACCCGAAAAUGAAACUGGACGUGAAGAUGAAACUGGACGUGGUGUGUAUCCAGGAGGAUGGAGACAUGGGGACGGCAGACGCUCUCAGACACAUCCAGCAGAAGAUCAAGACGGACAUCCUGGUGCUCAGCUGUGACCUAAUAACAGAUGUGGCUCUUCACGAAGUGGUCGAUCUCUUCAGAGCCCACAAUGCAACGCUGGCCAUGCUGAUGAGCAAAACCUAUGAAUUCACAGAGACCGUCCCAGGACAGAAGGGCAAGAAAAAAACAGCUGAGCAGAGAGACUUUGUGGGAGUGGAUCAGUCAGGAAAGAGGCUUCUCUUCAUGGCCAAUGAGGCUGAUUUGGAGGACGGGCUGUCAGUUAGGAAGUCUAUCAUGAGAAAACAUCCCAGGAUGCACAUCAAAACAGGCCUUGUGGACGCUCACCUCUACUGUCUGAAAAAAGCUGUGGUGGACUUCCUCGCUGACAACAAGUCCAUCUCAUCAAUCCGUGGUGAGCUGGUACCAUAUUUGGUGCGGAAGCAGUUUUCCAAAUCAACCACAAGUCAGAAAAUCAAAGACGAUUCAGAAGAGCAGAACCAGAAGAAGAGUGACAACUCUACAAACCAUGAGAUCCUCAUUACAUCUCGAGACGAGUCUCUCCUCCAGCUGGCCCAGGAGCGUUCAUGUUGGAAUGACCAUCGUGGUGACAUGAGUGAGGCAUACCAUGGGGGAAAACUACGCUGCUAUGUUCACAUUAUGGACCAGGGUCUCUGCUACCGAGUCAACACUUUAGCUGCUUACAUAGACGCAAACCGGCUGGCCCCAAAGCUGUUCGAGGAGCCCGCAGUCCACCCGUCAGCUGUCAUUUCUGAGAGAUGUCAGAUGGGAUCAGACAGCAUCAUCGGAGGGAUGUGUCAGGUGGCAGAUAAGACCUCCAUAAAGAGAUCCACCAUUGGAAACUCCACCACCAUCAAAGAGAAGGUGAAAGUCGCCAACUCCAUCAUCAUGCACGGGGUUACCAUUGAGGAAGGGUGUAAUAUCCAGGGCAGCGUGAUCUGCAGUAAUGCUGUCAUUGGACGAGGAGCAGACCUCAAAUACUGUCUGGUGGGAAGUGGACAACAGAUUGAACCAGAGGCUGAGAGGACAAACGAAGUCAUCGUAGGAACGGAUCAGCUGAUGGAGAUCUAGCUCCCACAAGAAGGGACGGCAUCAUCUCACCAACUAAAUCAAAAAGCAGCAACACACAGAAGACCACAUAUUCACUGGCUGACUAACCAAUCAGAAGCCUCGAUGCUGCUUGAAGGUUCUAAGCUAUCUUCUCAUAUGCUUUUUUUGUACAUUGUGUCCAAAUAAAGCCAGUGCUUUAACCCACAAA